AUGACUAGCUUCAGCUUUACGCAGUUUACACUGGUGCUCGUGAUCGUGGCGUGUGGUGCUAUGGCUAAACCACAGAAUCAGUAUGCGCACAAUAGCUACAACAAGAAUACGGGUGUGCGCAACACAUCGGUAGGACAUCGGCUGACAAAUCAGCACCAGCAUUAUCAGCAUCAGCACCAACAGCAGCAACAUCAGCAGCAGCAGCAUCAGCACCAACAUCAGCAACAUCAGCAACAACACCAGUCGCAGCAACAUUUCGCACACCAGCGCCAGCCCCAAGCUUUACGGGCGCCAUUGCUACCACCGCACAAUCCUGCUCAGUUCAGCCAACGGUUGCAGCAACCCUUCCCGAACGCGAUCCGUCCCUUCGUGCCGAUCACCUCGUACAGUAAUGACGUUUCGUACGAUGGUAGCUAUUCGUACGCGUACACGACUGGCGAUGGGCAGCAGCAGCAGGCCCAGGGAUACCUGAAGAAUGCCGGCCUGAAGGAUAUCGAGGCCCAGUCCGUGCAGGGUUCGUACUCGUACACGUCACCCGAGGGCCAGCUGAUCACGGUGACCUACAUUGCGGAUGAGAACGGUUUCCGUGCCGAGGGUGCCCAUCUUCCCACACCGCCACCGAUCCCGGAGGCGAUCCAGAAAUCGCUCGCCCUGAUUGCGCAGACGCAACCGGUUUCGGCACAGUUUAACGCCGCCUACAACCAGCCCCGUUUCCACCAGACCGGCCACGUGCCGUCGGCCAGCGGACACAACUACAACCGGUACGGUUAAAUGUACCGAGCCGGAAUUCGACAAGCAAUGCAACGCAACGUUCCCCACUGACUGACCCCACAUCCUUGGUGCGGCCGUCGAUCGUGUUCAGCAUGGACAGAAAUUAAACGCAUUUUGGAUCAACCUUUUAUCAACUUGAAUCGACGGGAAUGGCCACAGGAAACAGCAAUUAGUACAACUAGCUCAGCGAUCUUCCAGUUUCAUCACUGAUUCUGCUUGAUUGCUGCUAAGACUUCCGGAACUAACUCAUCGUUUUAUAAUCUUGUUUGUACAUAGGUUGUAGAUUGAUGUAUC